AAUUUGUGAUAUAGCAUUCACCUUAAAAACAAAUCGAACUAUCCUAGUCAAAAUAUCAUCUACUUACCGAUUAAAGAAACAUGAACGACGUACAUGUGCACUCGCAGCAUGAGAGCAAACUGCUCUCUAUGCUCGUCGAGAUUCGCCGAGCAAUAUAUGCUCGUAUCAUUCAUGGCCAGACUCACGCAUUUUUGUCGCAGGGCAGACUUCAACUGUCAGUAUGCCUUCAGCCCAGCCUAGGGGAUGACCGCCACGACGGCCGCGAGCGUAAGCCUACGGCCGAAGGAUCGCCAGAUACUACGUGGGCCCGCCGUCUGCGAUCCUCGUGGGGGGCACAUUGGGAAUGUAAGGAGGCUGCCUACGCAGAGAACUUGCACGAGCAUAGCCGCAAUAACAUAGGCAACCUUCUCUUUGUAUGUAAGAAAAUGUUUCUCGAUGUCUGUGACUUUGUUUCGGAGGGUACAGCGAUAAACAUCACAGAUCUAGAUACCCUGGACGUCUUGCUACAAACGCCUUUUGAGCCGAGUAGUGACCUAAACCGCCCCUGGAACUUCUGGGAUCACACACGUCCUGCUAUUCAUAAGCUGAACAUCGCCCUACGACUUCCGCUAGCCUUCUAUGAAGCACUACAGGAAGAUGAAAACUUAGUUUUGGUAACAAAUCAUGACACGAGCGUCGAAUUAAACAAAUGCGCUUCUGCGUGGGCCCGUCUCUGGCAGGCUACCUGCCAGUUGCCGCAACUACGCAGCCUUCACAUAUGGUUAGACCACGACGACAGACCUUCAUGGUCAUUCGUCAACGAACGCGUAGCCCUGCGUCAGAUCAUCGCUGCCCUGAUUGCACGCAUGCAGGCUUGCUCUGAAGAGCAAACCACGCCUCACAUGGAUAUAACGUUUAACCUUCCAAAGUUGCAUCCACGCUAUGCAAGACCAGAUACUCACUUUUUUGAAGAGAGCCCGCCUCAGCCAUUCUAUAUCGAGCGACGAAUUCGACAGCGCUUUCAUUGCCAGGAGUGGGCCAGUGGUAGCAUGAGUGCGGUAUACAAAGCUGACUUCCCAGUUAUGCACGAGUGGCCGGAAAUGUGCGAAGAAAGUGAUAAGGAGUUUCAUGGAGUAGUCGGCACGACGUUGCAGGAAGACUACAUGACAUUAGAAGAAGUCGAGGAUUUUGAGAGGAAGCUCUGGGAGAGACGUGAAAACGUCUACGACUUAAUAACAGACUUUUCAGGUUUUCAAGAUGAAGACAAUGCUUAUAUGCAUAGAUUACAGACUAGACGCUCUUAGUAGCGGAGUUUCCGUAUAGUUAGGCAUACCACUAUUAAAC